AUGUCGUCAAGCGCCAAGCAAACUCAAGAACCAACAUCAGUUCUAUCAGCCAGUACGUUGGUGGUACCCACUGAGUACAGCGUUUUAAAAACAGCCAUCACGUCAGUGUUAACACCCAAAGGAAAUAGCAAAACAAACACCAUAGUCGACGAAGGAUCUCAAAGGUCACUGAUGACACGAAAAUUAGCGAGAAAAGUAAAAAUCAAGAGCUCCAGUCAGGAAUUUCUGUUGCUGUCUGGCUCUACUGGACUUUCAAAUAAACCAAGUGUCUAUGAAGUAGUUGAAUUUACAUUGAUGGACAAAAAAGACAAGCCCAUCUAUAUCAAAGCUAUCGUCGUUGACCAAGUGGCAAAACCCUUAGAAGACAAACACCGUGAACGAAUCAACUCUCUUCCACAUCUAAAAAAACUGGAUCUCGCUCAUCCAACUAUCAAGAAUGACAUUUUCAACAUCGAAUUACUGAUUGGUGCAGAUUUUUAUUGGUCCAUUGUCGAAGACGAGAAACCCAUUCGGGGUGACGGACCAGUGGCUGUACGGUCAAGAAUCGGAUAUCUUGUUUCCGGACCAUUACCAGGAACGGCCCACGAAAGUCCGAACCCAGUGAUUCCUCUUCACGUAACUGCCAUAGAAGAACUCGACGUCUCCUGUUUGUGGAGUCUAGAAUCUCUUGGAAUUCAUCCGCAAAAGGAAAAUAGUGAAGAAGCGGCGGAGUACGCAAGAGAAAACAUCAAGUAUCAAGACGGAAAAUACGUCGCAAAAUUUCCCUGGAAAAAGGAACAUCCAGAUCUCCCUCCAAACUUCAAGAUGGUCCAGAACAUGACACGGGCAAUUGUUAGGCGUCUAACAAAAGACCCAGCUCUAUUUCAGUUUUUUGGCAAACUUAUUGAAGACCAGUUAGAAAACCAAUUCAUUGAAAAGGUUCCAGAGUCCGAAACGACUAAGCCAUGCCACUACAUUCCUUAUCACUAUGUCAAGAAAAAUUCCGUUACUACGCCGAUUAGAAUUGUAUACAAUUGUUCGUGUCGAGCUCAAAACGGAGUUAGUUUUAAUGACUGUGUUCAAACGGGAGCUAUUCUACAAAAUGAUCAAGUCGGUAUCAUGCUUCGUUUUCGCUCACAUCAAAUCGGAUUAGUGGCCGAUGACCCCAGUGACCCAGAGUCUGAACUCAUCGCCUACCGUUUCAAAGUAAUACCUUUCGGAGCCAAGUCGUCACCGUUUAUUCUCAACUCCACCGUGAUUCAUCAUCUUAAACAAGAGUCAUCAGCAGUCGCCAGAGAUAUGCAAAACAACAUUUUCGUUGACAAUAUAGUAUCCGGCUGCAAGACACAAGAAGAGGCGAUAGAAUACUAUAGCUCUGCAAACACGAUCAUGAAACGAGCUGGUCUGCCAUUACAAGCAUGGGGAUUUAGCGAUCCAGUCGUAGAAGAAAAAAUCAAGAAAGAUGGGCGUCUGGAUCAAAGCUCUAUUUCAAAAACUCUAGGCUUCAUUUGGGAUCGUUCUAACGACAGGUUAAGCAUCCAACCAGUUAAUAUGUUGUCAUUUUGCUCAGUCUCGGCCACACACAAAGAUAUUCUUCGCGGAACACAUUCUCUUUAUGACCCACUCGGGUUCUACAGCCCCUUAAGUGUUAAAGGCAAGAUUCUACUUCAAGAUUUAAAUCGCGAAAAGGUUCCACUUGAGCAAAAACUUUCGGAUCAACAACUCGAUCGAUGGCGAAUAAUUGCAGCUGAUAUCUCAAGUGCUGUGGAUCAACGCAUUUUGUCCGUCUCUCGACCAUUCUUUCCCUUUCAUCUUGACCGUUGUGAGCUGCACAUAUUUAGUGACGCUAGUAGGCGUGCGUAUGGAGCUGUGGCCUAUCUAGUGCAAAAUAACCAAGUUGCGUUCGUCAUGGUGAAGUCUAAAAUCAACCCGAAGAAAGAAGAGAGUAUAGAAGGUGAGAGAGAACUAUCCAUUCCAGAAGCGGAACUCAUGGCAGCGUACAUUGGAACCUUAGUCGCUGAAACUAUCGUCGCCGCCCUGGAGCCCCUCGGCAUUCGUAUUCAAGUUUUCUUUUGGAGUGACAGUCAGAUCGUUCUUUUUUGGAUAUCAAAGCCGGAAAACCAUCCACGUUCUUUCAUUACAAACCGGGUCAAGAAAAUACAAGAGUCAACACGAUUGAAAGCAGCCACCUGGAAGUACGUGACUACUGAUCAGAAUCCAGCUGACAUACUCUCCCGUGGUGCUUCAUUAAAAGAGUUCAAAGCCUCAGACAUUUGGAAAAAUGGACCAAUUUGGUUAACGGAUCGAAAAACUUGA